AUGGAUUUUAUGGAAGGUAGGAAAAUAGGGAACAAUAUCCUCCUUAGCCAAAAGCUCUAUCACUACAAUAGGGGUUCAGACAAGGUGAGGAGAUAUGCAAUAAAAGUUGAUCUUUUAAAGGCCUAUGACUCGGUGAGAUGGAACUUUAUUCUUAAAACUCUCAAAACCCUUAAGUUCUCAAUUGCUCUGAAUGAGGAGCUUACCGGGAUCUUUAGGGGGACAAAGGGCCUUAAGGAAGGAGACCCCAUAUCUCCUUAUCUCUUUGUUAUUGCCAUGGAAAUCCUUUCGAGAUUGAUGUUUAAGGUGGCAACCAAGGAGGAUUUCAAGUACCAUUGGCGUUGUAAGAAUUUAAAUCUAACCCACCAUUUUUUUGCAGAUAACAUCAUGUUUUUUUGCUAUGUUGACAAGAAUUCCAUUAUGAACAUGAAGAAUGCUAUUGAUUUAUUCUCUUGUUGGCUGGUCUCAAAGCAAACAUUGCCAAAAGUCAUAUUUUUCUAUCCAAGGUGCAAGAAGAAGAAAAGCUCAAAGCUAUUUUCAGGUUUGAAAAGGGCUUUCUUCCAAUGA